AUGGCUGCUUUCGUGGGCUACGGGAAGAUCCCUCUGGGCAGCUGCGGCGAAGCAGAUUCCGGGGGCGACUGGUGCGUGACGGACGAGAAGGUCCACGGGGCCAACUUCUCCAUCCAUGUGGACAGGUGUGGGUCCAUGCGCUGUGCAAAGCGGACCGCCUUCCUCAAGGAACAUGAGGACUUCUUCGGGCACUUCGGCAUGCUGAGCCGAUGUCGAACCGACUUCCGGCGACUUGCAGAGGAAGUCUUCCAAAUGGCUGGGGCUGUGGUCGAUACAGUAACCCUCUUUGGAGAGCUGUGUGGAGGAAAGUAUCCCCAGAAGACAGUGCCCGAGCAGCCCAAUGUGCGGCCUGUGCAGACUGGGGUGUGGUACAGCCCUUGUGUCGAAUUUGUCCUGUUCGACAUUGCGCUGUGUGGGCCCACUGGCCGGUCCUUCAUGGCCUUCAAGUCCGUAGCUGAGCUGGCUGCAAAGCACAAGCUUCCCUGCGUGCCUGUGCUCCUCGUGGGGUCGCGUGGGGACUGCGCCAACUUCAACCCGAAGUUCGAGUCAAAAGUCCCUGCCGCCUUGGGCCUACCGGUGCUGUCGGGGAAUUUCGCAGAGGGCAUCGUGGUGAAGCCAUGGGAGGAGAGCACGGCUGCAGAGGACAGACCCAUCCUCAAGAUCAAGAUUCAGGACUUCUCUGAGGGCGGCGGCUGUCCACCCGCGCCUGGGGAUCCAGCCAUGCGGGACUACCUCUUGGGGCAGGUCAACGCGAAUCGGCUCGAUUCGGCGGCGAGUAAGGUGGGCAGCGCGGACGUCAUGGACCACUGGGAUGCGAUCGUUGACCUCGUGAUGGAGGACAUCCGGGACGACGUAGGUGAGGAUCCCACGUUGGCGGCUCUCUGGCCGCAGCUGCGAUGCGAAGCCUUUGACCUGCUCGCAGCACGAUACGCCCAAGGUGGCGAGGGCGACGCGGAAGCCUCAUGA